AUGCGUCUCCUCAAAACUACCAAGUCCGAAGUGGGCGCCUUCGAAAUUGAGCUCUUCACGGAUGACCAACUCCAAUAUCUGCCAUAUGCAAUCCUGUCCCAUACUUGGGGUCCAGAUGAGGUUACUCUACAGAAUAUCAAUGAGCCUGUCGUAAAGUCCUGGAAGGGUUACAAGAAGAUUGAAGAAUGCUGCUCGAUGGCCCACGAGAUGGGGUAUGAAUACGUUUGGAUCGACACUUGCUGCAUUGACAAGACAAGUAGCGCAGAGCUAUCAGAGGCAAUCAACUCCAUGUUCGUCUGGUACCAAGAGGCUCGCGUAUGCUAUGCCUAUCUCUACGACGUACCAUCGACGCCGUUUGAAGAAAGCAGGUGGUUUACCAGAGGAUGGACUCUGCAAGAGUUAAUUGCGCCACAGGUGGUGAUAUUUUUUAACAGGGACUGGGAGCAGUUAGGUAAUAAGACGAGCCUUGGGAGAAGAAUAUCUCAACGCACUCGUAUACCUGAGAGUAUUCUUUCGGGUGAGAAAGAUCUUGAUACGUGUAGUACCGCACAGAGAAUGUCAUGGGCAGCGGAGAGGCAGACAACUAGAGUUGAGGAUCGUGCCUAUUGUUUAAUGGGGUUAUUUGGUGUUAAUAUGCCGCUGAUCUAUGGGGAAAGAGAGAGUGCUUUUAUUAGACUCCAGGAAGAAAUUUUACGGAUCUCGGAAGACCACAGCCUAUUUGCUUGGAAGUCUUCGGAUACUCGCGCUGGACUUCUUGCCACAUCUCCUGCUGCCUUUAUUGACUCCCACGAUAUUGUUCCACACGACAUUGUCCCAUGGGAGACAUUUGAUACACGCAGUAGCCCUUUGAUUAUAAGCGGCAAGGGCAUUCAUCUAGACCUUUGUCUCAUAGGCUUAGAGCAUGUCGGGCUGGGGCUGGCGGUUCUGCAAUGCAAGAAAGUUGAUGGCGAGUAUACAUCGGUCGGCAUCUUUGUGCAUGACCCCUCCUUGACACUGGAGCGAUUCAAGAGAGUUCAUUGUGACGAUUUCCGCCAUCUUGAUCUCAAAAGGUACAAGAGCUACCAAUAUCGUACGAUAAGGAUGUGUAUCCAAGCUGGUCGCAUGGCACGUUCCCAGAGGCCAAGGGACUCCGAACAAUACAAUAUUUUUUCGCCGAUCCGAAUUUACCUUGAGUCCGAACCAAUACGAAUCACCAAUUGGCAUAGCUCCAUGGCAGAGGUUUAUCUAUGGCUGUUGGUCGCCCGGGGCAGUCUUGAAGCAACCUUAAGCAAGGUUUCCAAGAACCGGACGCCACUAGCGUGGGCUGCUCAGCAAGGCCUUGAGGGAUUUGUCCGUGUUCUGCUCAAGAGGGGUGCUGCCAUUGAGCUGGGUGGGGAGAUGAUUGAUACGCCCCUUUCCUUGGCAUCUCGGAAUGGGCAUACUGCUAUAGCCAAGCUGCUACUUGAUAAGGGAGCCAACAUUGAGGCAAGAGGUAGCACUGGUCAAACACCAUUAAUGGAUGCUAUUUGUGCUCAAGAUAUAGAUAUUGUCAAUGUGAUACUUAGCAGGAAUCCUGACAUUAACGCAAGUGAUAGACACGGCGUCACACCAUUAAUCUAUGCUAUCAGAACUCAGGAUAUAGCUAUUAUCGAUUUGAUACUUAGCAAGAAUCCGAACAUUGAGGCAGGAGAUAGCCGUGGUGACACACCAUUAAUCAAUGCUAUACGGACUGGAGAUACAGCUACUAUCAAUGCGAUACUUAACAGGAAUCCUAACAUGGAAGCAGGAAAUAUCGCAGGUCAAAGACCAUUAAUACAUGCACUUGACGUUGGCAAUCGAACUACCAUUAAGAUGCUGCUUGAGAAAGGUGCCGAUAUUGAGGCAAGAGAUGCGUAUGGCCGAACACCGCUGCUAUAUGCCAUUACUCUGACGCCAGUACCAUAUGACAAGCCCUCUGAAAUAGUGAAUCUUGUUGAUAUGCUAAUUCAACAUGGUGCCGAUAUUAAUGCAAGGACUAGAUAUGGUGAGACAGCACUGCAGUGGGCCACAAGUCGAGGAUGCAAGGACAUUGUCGAUCUACUAAAAGAGAGAGACCCCAUUACUAAAGCAAGACGUGAGACAGCCAUGUCAAGGGUAUCUAGGAAGUCGCACCAGGGCAUUUUCAGGCUCUUUAAAUCAGAGUCCUAG